GCCGGGCAAGAGGAAGACCUCCAGAAGCUCCCCGCGCAGCGCGGCUGUGUUUGCGUUGCGGCCUGUGCGAGUAGUCGCUUUGGAACCAGGUUCCCGGCGAGCGGCGCGCAGAAACCUCGAGCCGGUGGAUUCGUCUCGUAACCCAGAGCCCAGAAAGCCUUGAAGACAGUACCGUUUCCUCAGCGGCGGACUGCUGCAGUAAGAAUGUCUUUCCCCCCUCAUUUGAAUCGCCCUCCAAUGGGAAUCCCAGCGCUCCCACCAGGGAUCCCACCCCCACAGUUUCCUGGCUUUCCUCCACCUGUACCUCCAGGAACCCCAAUGAUCCCUGUACCAAUGAGCAUUAUGGCUCCUGCUCCAACUGUCUUAGUACCCACAGUGUCCAUGGUUGGAAAGCAUUUGGGAGCCAGAAAGGAUCAUCCAGGCUUAAAGGCAAAAGAAAAUGAUGAAAAUUGUGGUCCUACUACGACAGUUUUUGUUGGCAACAUUUCUGAGAAAGCCUCAGACAUGCUCAUAAGACAGCUCCUUGCUAAAUGUGGCUUGGUUUUAAGCUGGAAGAGAGUACAAGGUGCAUCUGGAAAACUUCAAGCCUUUGGAUUCUGUGAGUACAAGGAGCCUGAAUCUACCCUCCGGGCACUCAGGUUAUUGCAUGACCUGCAGAUUGGAGAGAAGAAGCUGCUUGUUAAAGUUGAUGCAAAGACAAAGGCGCAACUAGAUGAAUGGAAAGCAAAGAAGAAAGCUUCUAAUGGGAAUGCCAGGCCAGAAACUGUCACUAAUGAUGAUGAAGAAGCCUUGGAUGAAGAAACCAAGAGAAGAGAUCAGAUGAUCAAAGGGGCCAUUGAAGUUCUAAUACGCGAAUACUCCAGCGAGCUCAAUGCCCCAUCGCAAGAAUCUGACUCUCACCCAAGGAAGAAGAAGAAGGAAAAGAAAGAGGACAUUUUCCGCAGAUUUCCAGUGGCACCUCUGAUCCCUUAUCCACUCAUCACUAAGGAGGAUAUAAAUGCUAUAGAAAUGGAAGAAGACAAAAGAGACCUGAUAUCCCGAGAGAUCAGCAAAUUCAGAGACACACACAAGAAACUGGAAGAAGAGAAAGGCAAAAAAGAAAAAGAAAGACAGGAAAUUGAGAAAGAACGGAGAGAAAGAGAGAGGGAGCGUGAAAGGGAACGAGAAAGGCGAGAACGGGAACGAGAAAGGGAAAGAGAACGUGAACGAGAAAAGGAGAAGGAACGGGAGCGGGAACGAGAACGGGAUAGGGACCGUGACCGGACAAAGGAGAGAGAUCGAGACCGCGAUCGAGAAAGAGACCGUGACCGUGAUCGGGAACGGAGUUCAGAUCGCAAUAAGGAUCGGAGUCGAUCAAGAGAAAAGAGCAGAGAUCGUGAAAGGGAACGGGAGCGGGAACGCGAGAGAGAGAGAGAACGGGAACGAGAAAGAGAACGCGAGAGAGAGAGAGAACGUGAACGUGAGCGUGAGAGAGAGAGAGAGAAAGACAAGAAGAGGGACCGAGAGGAGGACGAAGAAGAUGCAUAUGAACGAAGAAAACUUGAGAGAAAACUCAGAGAGAAAGAAGCUGCUUACCAAGAGCGUCUCAAGAAUUGGGAAAUCAGAGAACGGAAGAAAACUCGGGAAUAUGAGAAAGAGGCUGAAAGAGAAGAAGAAAGAAGAAGAGAAAUGGCAAAAGAAGCUAAACGACUGAAAGAAUUCUUAGAAGAUUAUGAUGAUGAUAGAGAUGAUCCCAAAUAUUACAGAGGAAGUGCUCUUCAGAAAAGGUUGCGUGAUAGGGAAAAGGAAAUGGAAGCAGAUGAACGGGAUAGGAAAAGAGAGAAGGAAGAGCUAGAGGAAAUCAGGCAGCGACUUCUGGCAGAAGGACAUCCAGAUCCAGAUGCAGAGCUUCAGAGGAUGGAACAAGAGGCUGAGAGGCGCAGACAACCACAAAUAAAGCAAGAACCAGAAUCGGAGGAGGAGGAAGAAGAAAAGCAAGAAAAAGAAGAAAAACGAGAGGAACCCGUGGAAGAGGAAGAAGAGCCUGAGCAGAAGCCCUGUCUCAAACCAACUCUGAGGCCCAUCAGUUCCGCCCCAUCUGUUUCCUCUGCCAGUGGCAAUGCAACCCCCAACACUCCUGGGGAUGAGUCUCCCUGUGGUAUUAUAAUUCCUCACGAAAACUCGCCAGACCAACAACAACCGGAGGAGCAUAGGCCAAAAAUAGGACUAAGUCUUAAACUGGGUGCUUCCAAUAGUCCUGGUCAACCUAAUUCUGUGAAGAGAAAGAAACUCCCUGUAGAUAGUGUCUUUAACAAAUUCGAGGAUGAAGACAGUGAUGAUGUUCCCCGAAAAAGGAAACUGGUUCCUUUGGAUUAUGGUGAAGAUGAUAAAAAUGCUGCCAAAGGCACUGUAAACACUGAAGAAAAGCGCAAGCACAUUAAGAGUCUCAUUGAGAAAAUCCCUACAGCCAAACCUGAGCUCUUUGCUUAUCCCCUGGAUUGGUCUAUUGUGGAUUCUAUAUUGAUGGAACGACGAAUUAGACCGUGGAUUAAUAAGAAAAUUAUAGAAUACAUAGGUGAAGAAGAAGCUACGUUAGUUGAUUUUGUUUGUUCUAAGGUUAUGGCUCAUAGUUCACCUCAGAGCAUUUUAGAUGAUGUUGCCAUGGUACUUGAUGAAGAAGCAGAAGUUUUUAUAGUCAAAAUGUGGAGGUUAUUGAUAUAUGAAACAGAAGCCAAGAAAAUUGGUCUUGUGAAGUAAAACUCUUUUUACAUUUAGAGCUCCAUUUCAGAUAUCUUCUUUCCCAUCCUUCAAAGGACUUUGAAAUUUAUUAUUUUUUUUGUCUUCAAAGACAUUUGUGAGACCUGUAAUUUUUUUUUUAAUGUAGAGAAUGUGAAUUUUUUUUCUUCCCAAUUUGUUGAUGCUCUGUGUAUUCCCUUGGUUGUAAAGAUAUCUGAAUCCUACCUUGGUUCUCUUUAUACUCACCAGGUACAAAUUACUGGUAUGUUUUAUAAGCCACAGCUGCUGUACACAGCCUAUCUGAUAUAAUCUUGUUCUGCUGAUUUGUUCCUUGUAAAUAUUAAAAUGACUCCCCAAUUCUUUUGCAGAAUUGCACUUAAUAUUGAAUUGUACUGUAUAGGAACCAACAUGAACAAUUUUAAUUGGAAGAAUACCAGUCACACCUAUUACCCUUUCCCCUUGAUCUGAAUUGGCAAGCUUUCAUGAAGGCAUGAAAUUUAAAAUUACAGUGCGAAAAUUAACAGACCAUCCAUUCCUACUGUAUCUUUGUAUGAAUGUGUUUGUGUGAAUGUACAUAUAAAAGUCUUUCCCCUAAUUUGCUUUGGAGGGCUCCCUUAAACAUUUCCUAAUGGAAAAACAUAAUGGUAAAGGAAACACAGUGUCACGCCAAUCCAGAUGUCUGGGAGAGUGAGGUUAUUAGUCUCCCAGAGCAUGGUAUUCUCUUCUGGCCAGCUACAGUCUUUUGAACAGAAUGGGGUUUUCCUGUUGAUAGCUGCCUGCUUCAGGCUCUUUUUUAAGGGAGUGUGAAUCAGUAGUUUCUCCUCACCCCCUAAUUUCAUUGUUCAGAAAUGAGGCAGAUACUUCGAUUCUGGAGAGUUUCAUUUAAUGCAUUUUGCACUGAUUGGUCCUUAGUUUAAUUUGGGUGUACCCCUUUGUCUAAAAAAAAUUCAAAAUAUAAAUGAACAACUUUAAAAACAAAAGGUAAAGAAAGUUAAGCAAUUUUACAAACUAGGAAAAUUGACAAAAUACAAUUAGAUUUCAGCAUGACAUUUUAUAAAACUUAUUUUUAAGGAUAAAGUAAGUCAUUUAAGGCAGUCACCACUAAUUUUUUGUUUCUGUUUUUGUUCUGUAAAGGGUUUAUAGCUUGUGUGUGUUUGCAAGCACAUACCUUGCUUGCCUCUGCUCAUCGAAGUUUAAAAAUGCAUUGAUGGUGUCAGAGACACACAUGGGACUUGCUUUAUUGUAGAUGAGAACUUCACCAGGGGGCAGAACUACCUGAAAAUGUAACAAGUUUUAAACAGUUCUCAACACAAAGUAGGUGCAGCUAUUCCCAUGUCUGAGUAUUUAUUUAAAAGAAAAAUAAAGAUUGGGAAUAGAAAUAGGGGGCAUAACUGAACUUGAGUUAAUAGUUUUUUUUACAUCUUAAGAGGACAUUUGAAAACACUGUUCUUAACAUUGAACCAUGAUACGGUUCCAUUAUGUAAAUAUUUCAAAUAUUAAAAAUGUAUAUAUUUGAUCGCGG